AUGGUCUAUCGUGGGAAGCCAAGCACCGGGUGUCAGAACUGCCGGACAAGGCGUAUCAAGUGCGAUGAAACUCGCCCACACUGUAGAGCUUGUGUGCGGACGAAUCGGUCAUGUCCAGGGUAUCUAGACCCUUUUGAUGUUAUGCUCCGGGAUCAGGUCGCCUUCAAACGCAAGAAGCGAGACACUCAUGUCUUGAAUGCAGCCCCAGCGAGUCCGGCCAAACUGGCUUCUCUAACCACCUCAGUGAUUGCGGCAGCGCCUGAAACCGCCGUGUCCACCAACGUGACAAGGGCCGAUUGGAUGGACAUUGUAUUCGACAAAACCUGCAAUAUCCCGAAAAGCGUAAACCUGCCUCUUGAAGACACGGUGGCAUCGUUGUUCUUUAGCUCCUAUCUCUAUUCACCCAAAGAUCCACUGAUUCGGGAAGGGUUCAUGGAAAUGGUGCCCCAUGCUUACGCAAACGCCCAGCCUGGGUCGCACUUGAAACUCAUCACGUUGGCGGUGUCUUUCUUCUCGGUGUCUGCGUGGACGGGCAAUCGGUCAUAUCUCCGAACCGCCGAACACCUGUGCGUGCAAGCGAUAUCUAAAACCAGAGAAGCGAUUCAAGGCGGCAUCGACCGGAAUCAGGAUGAGACUCUGAUGACCGUGCUCUUGCUCUUGAUUUAUGAGGAACUCUCAGCUAUGAAGGAGCGCAGGGCCCCAGGGAAGACACAUUUACGUGGCGCAAUUGCCUUGAUAAAUAGUCGGAGUCAAGACCAGCGGGAGACGGAUCUCUCGAUAACGUUGGAAAAUGCAGUACAUGCACAACUUAUCAAAACAACCAAAGGGCUCGCGUAUCCUGUUAUGCAGACCCCCAAGGUCUGGCCGCCCGCGCCAGUUGCGCCCGAGUCUGCCUCAACUCAACUGUUGAUGGCCACAUCUGACCUGGUCAGCCUGCGACAAGCAUGGGACAAGCUUGUCUUGGACCAACCAGCCGCCAAUGUCACCGAGCUCGAGGAGAUCCUCGCUCGGGCGAGGCAUCUGGACACCAAACUUGUAGCUUGGACACACGCCCUCCCCUCCCACUGGCACCCCGUCUCCGCCACCAUGAUAUCGGAUUCCAUCCGCAAGGCAGGCAUGUACAAGAACCGAUGUGACUGCUACGCGGACAUCUGGAUCGCCAGCACCUGGAAUUUCUACCGCGACUCGCGCAUUGUCAUCCAGAAUAUCAUCCUCGACUGUCUGCGCCUCCUUCCGCCGCCCCUCCGCGCCGACGACAUUCAGAGCGCCCUGGACAUCAUUCAAGACCUUGCUACCGGCAUCUGCGCCACCAUCCCAUACUUCCUUGGAAGCCAGUCGAAGCCGGCCCAGAUGGGCAUGGAGAAGAUCGACUAUCCCGAGGCGGAUGCACGCCGGGUCACCGCGGGCCACCGUCAGACAUCGCCACUUUUGGGAGGAUGGCUGGCGUCCACGAAUCUGUUCAAUAUGACCAUGCUACCUUUGACGGAUGAGCUGCAUGCUUGGAUCUUGGAACAGAAGCACCGGGUGCUGCGGAUUUAUACAUUUGGCUCCAUGGAGGGCGUUCAAUGA